CUUAUUACUUAAUCGUGCUGCGGGUGGUAGUCUUUAUAUAAUUGCAUUUUACUCCCGAGAGAACCGAGAGGUGAGCCGCCUGUCGGCGGCGCCGCGCAGUAACUGGCGAGCAAGCGCGCGGCGACGCAUAUAGUAUUCUCGCAAAGUCGAGAAAGCGGGUAAUCUUUCUGAUUGGCUGAUGGUGGAUCGGGGUAGCCAGCUCGGUAUGGUAUAUAAGCGCGUCGCUUUUCACAGUCGCCACCGCUGCUACUGCAUUCGUUGAAGCUGGAGCGUUUGGCUGCGUCAGAAGUCAGCAGAAGUUUUUAGUGCUGCGUUUGAAUUAGCGUUAGAGAUUAUAUACGUUGUAUAUAAAGUCGUGAAGACUUAGUAGCUUUCGUUUCUCUCGUCAGAGACGCAUAGCUCACGACGCGCGUGGACAAGUGACACGUGGCGAAUAAGAUUCAGACGCGAGCAUCUUGAGAUAUCUUUUCCGAACUCGACGAAAAGAAGCACGAGAACAAAAAUGAUGCUGAGCCUACAGCGAAGAAUGGUAUCUCAGUGGAGAAUAUUAUCCACCUUGCUGUUUCUCGGAUUGAUUUGCAAUGGCGAAUUGAUGCCCGUUCGUGUACCUGAAGAAACAACGACAACGUCGUCAUCGACAGCCAAAAAGAAUGGCAUUGGCUCUCUGAAUAACUACUGGCAAGCGUGGCUCCCGCUGGGCGAGCAGAACGCCUACCAACCCGAUCUGAACUCCGCUACUCUUAUGCGACGGACGCAAAGAGAGCCGAGUGUGUUUAUCGCUCCGGAGUUAAACAACAUGAACUUUAUAAGUCCUAAGGCGAGCAAGAAAUUUCUCCGGGAUUUAUUAAAAAAGAAGUUCAAUAAUACGCAAACCUCAGGCUUGGG